AUGGGAAAUGUUCAGGGGCAGCAUGAGACCACUACUACUACUACUACUACUAGUACUACCAUGAGGGAUUCCUCUCCUAAUAAGCAGCAGCACAGCCGACACAGGAGUAGUAGUAAACGCAACAAGCACAGAAACAGCAGACAUAGACACAGACACCAUCACUCGAACGAUAAUGACAGCGAACAUCAAAGUACCGAAGAUUUGGACACUCUCAUCAAACAGGCUAGAAACGAGUUGAGGCAACGCAAGAUUGAAGGAGUCAUGACGAGAGAUGCCCAAGAGGAAGAAAUAUACGCUCUGCAAACACAGCUCUAUCAAAAACGAAAGAGGCUGUUGGAUCUCGCACGUCGUUGUCAGGAUGCCUUUUCGUUUUCGGAUUACAUCAAUAUUAUUCAAACCACCUACUCGUCCGACGACAUUGCUACCAUGCCGGUGAACACCAUCAUUCCAGAGGAUGGACAACAAUUGCAGAAGCAGCAGCAGCAGCAGCAGCAUCACGAGAGUCCCAAAACAAGGGAAAUGGUCCCCCAACAUUUCACAUUGACCUACACGAUAUUUGCGUGGUUCGAAGCUUAUUUGUUAAAGAGACUCCACAUGGCCAUGCUGCAACAACGACAAAUGAACAUUCAUUCCAAAACUUGGAGUGGGGUCGUGGCGGAUUUGUACUUUCAGAUCCCCCUCCUGAAAAAAAAUUUUGAAACGAACAUGGGGAGUCUCUUUGUACGGAAACAAACCGUGGCCAUGGAAAAACAUCAAAAACAAAAUGCCUAUGCGGAACAUGUACGAUUGCAAGCCAGGACGAUUAUGAAAUUGGAAAAGGCUUCGUGGGAUGAAAAUGAGGAUGAGGUACAACUAGUUCCCACCAAAUCAUCGUCGACAGGCCCAAAAGUCAAACGAACCUCCUUGCCCGCCAUGAUUAACAUUGCCGACAAUUCGACCCAACGAAGUAGUGGAACCAGUGGAACCUUUAGUCCAAGUACGUCGGGACGAGACUCGACCAUUAGUGCCUACACGGAAGUAUCGGAUGGAGCGACGGAAUUGGGCAAAUCGCUGUCGCAAAUCAAAGAAUCACCAUACAGUGCACGGUCCAAUCAUAAUCAUACUACUACUACCAUUGUGGAUCCUCAUGGGUUCGAAUCCGAUAUCACCGAAAGCAGUGACGAGGAAGACUCGGUUUAUGCUUCUUCCAUAGACGAACAUAGCGUUGAUCAACAGUCGGCCAUUGCCGUCAAAGCGCUCAAUGCCCAACCACAACAUCGCAUCAGCGCCUUGACAGUCCCCAAAGAUUUUCAUUGGCAUGCCGAAGUAUCGGAACAACAACGGGAAGAAAUGCGAAAGCAAGCGGAAAUUGAAAAUGCACGAUUGGAACGAGAACGAUUCCUGCAAAGGACGCGGGAGCUCCAGGCACGGAAUUCCUUUGACAGCGGUGGUCCAUUACUAACGCCACAAGAAUUGGAACGAGCGGAAUCGGGAGAAUCCAAAUUAUCCAAGGAGGAACUGGGCCGAUUGAAGAGACUGGAACAACAGCGAAAAGACAAGGAGCGCCAACGGAGCGAACGGGCGGCCUUCAAGGCCGCUCGGCUGCGAGAUUUGCAAAAUCGGUUGGAACGGACCUCGGGACACUCGGCGACCUCAUCCUCCCCCUUGUCGUUUUUGUCAGGCACAUCAUCGGGGAGUACUGCACCUGCCAGUGCCACAGAGGGAGGAGAAGGAGAAAGUCCGAGUGCGGUCAAUGUUGUGAAACGGUUGUUGGAAAAGACUGAAAUUGAGGUGGUGGAUACGACGCCAGCGGUAGUAGUUACGACAAAAUCGAAAAAGAAGCACAAUAAGCACAAACAGAAGAAUGAUGAGAAGGCGGAGCAGGAACCAAAGAAGGAACCAAAGAAGGAACACAAACACACUACGAAAUCCAAGAAAAGAGCUUCGACCGAUGAUCGCAGUGUUGGGAGUCGAUCAAGUAUGGGGUCACGCAAAUCAGCAAAGCGGAAAAGUGCCAUGGCGGCGGAGAAACGAGCCGAGGAAAAAAUGGCACAAUUGAGUCAAAUUAUGGCGGACAAGGACCUUGAAUCCUUUGUUCAAGAAAAGGAAGCCAAAAAUAAAGCGUCAGGUGCUGCCGAUAAUAAUGAUAACAAUAAUGUACCAUCGAGUCCUGGUGGUUCGGUAUCCAGUCGGGCAAGCCGACAAAGUCAGAGGAGCCUUCGACUGGAACAGACGAUUCGGAAAGCGGAAGAAAAAGCUGCUAAAAAAUUGGAAGAACUUGCCUUGCUUACGGAUAAUGACCAAUGA